AUGCCACCCGCGGAGGAUGCAGCCAGCUUCGACGUCAUCGUUGUAGGCGCAGGCCUUACCGGUAUCAUUGCAGCGCAGCGCCUGCUCGAAGCGCAUCCACAGACACGACUGGCCAUCCUGGAGGGUGACUACUGCGUCGGAGGAGUAUGGAACAAGCCCGAGGACUGCAUGCAUGACUUUUUCCGCGCAAAGUAUACGACAAAGUAUCUCGAGCAUUACGUCGAUAGGAUGAGCCACGCCGGCAAGACGUUACGGGAUAGAAUACAGUUCGACACCCACGUUGAGUCCAUCAAGAAGGUCGAUGGUCAGUGGCGAUUCAUGUGCGUCGACACGAUCACCAAGUCCGAGCGAGAAAUGUUCUCCUCGAGGGUCAUGAUGGCAAACGGCCAGUCUUCGGUCCCCAACAUACCCAACUUUCCUGGUCAGGAGCACUUCCAUGGGAAGAUCAUCCACUCAAUCGAUUUCGGCCAAUCUGACAUCGUCCAAAACAAAUCCAUCCAACACGUUUCCGUCAUUGGCGCAGGAAAGUCCGCUGCCGACAUGGUAUAUCAGGCAGUGAAGGCGGGCAAGACUGUGUCAUGGAUCGUUGGCAAAACCGGAAACGGAUCGCUUGGGCCUGCAGCCCUCGCACCUAUCAACCUUCCCACGCCGUAUAAAAGCGGAGUUGAGGCGUCGCAGGCGAGGAUUAUGGCAUCCCUGCAGCCCAAAAUAUUCUCAGCGCUGGAUAAAACAGUCCGCAAGUACGCUGGCUAUCGAGAGAGGAAGAUUGGCAAAGGCUUUGAAAAGCUGGAAUACGACAACGAGAUCAUCUGGCAGAACGGGACCGCUGGAGGCUGCCAUUUUGACGACUUCUGGCCCCUCGUCGCGGAGAAAGUCUACGUCUAUCGUGGCGAGGUCAAGCUUCUGAGCGGCAACGAACUAUACCUCAAUGACGAGGACGUCACGCAUUUCCCGUGCGACGCCGUCUUGUGUGGAACUGGCUGGAGACACGGGCUUGACAUGUUCGACCACGGCACGCUCAUGGCGCUAGGCCUGCCAUUCCACAAGGAUAUCGAGCCACAGGAGGAGACAGCCAAGUGGCAGAAGCUCGUCGGCGAAGCGGACGAACAGGUCCUCCGGCGGUUCGUCAUGCUCAGGAACCCGCCAGAGCACUACCACAAGUACGAAGCACGAACGCCCUAUAGGCUCUAUCAGACGAUGGCGCCUGUAAACGACGAUUCUAUCCUCUUCAUGAACCACGUCGUUGCAGGGGAGAAAUUGUUCGCGGCCGAGGCGCAAGCCAUCUGGGCGGUGGCAUACUGGGACCAGGCGUUCAAGCUACCCUCCGUUGCGGAGAGGGAAAAGGACAUCGCGCACAUGAUUGCCUGGAACAAGCGGCGAUAUCUGUCGAACGGCGAGCUUGGGAAUUUCGCUGCCUUUGACAGUGUUCCGUACGCGGACAGGCUAUUUGACGAGAUCGGCCUCACGGCGCAUCGGAACAAGGGCUGGUUGGGGAACAUGUUCUCGCCUAUCAUGCCUGCUGAUCUGGGCAAGGUGUGGCAGGAGUAUCUCGCGAAGCGAAGCGAACAGUAG